CUUGCGAUCACUCCACAUCUUAUUGGCGAUUCAUCGUUGUUUAUGAUCAGUUGUCAAUUCAUUUCUUCAUAAUUUACAAGAGUCUCAAUCAUUAAUUCAUUCAUCAAACUAUGGACGAGCAACCGACUGCAUUUCACAAUAUACGACUUCGCUUCCACUUAGGACCGACUAACCUCGGUAUCAUGGGGUGCUUAGAAGAGACUAUGGGGCUUUACCCCGUCAUUAUCCAUCAACACGACUUCCGCUUUGAUGUUUACGGUUCUCCUAUGGAUGUCGCAGACGCGAUUACAGGAAAACUCCUUGUCAACAACCCUAGUCCAACCUCUCCACCACAGCAGGUGAUAUCCCCGUGGGCUGGGCUGGGCAUCCAGACUCUGCAUCCAUCAGUUCACGAAACCAAUGGGCUAUCCACAAGAAUAGAUGAAAAUAAUAGGGAACUGUCACGAACUGAUUCAGACCUUUCACACAAUCAAUAUACAUUCACAAAGAAUCCACAAACAAUUUUAUCUGGAGAUAUCCUUGAAUACAGAAGAUCUUAUUCCUCAUCAUCACCACCAACAUCCUCUUCACCAUCGUCGCCGAUCACGGGAGACCAGGACGUUAAUGAUUCUACUCCAAGCAUCCCGCCGCUAAUAUAUCUUGCCAGGCCGUCAAUAUGUGAUAUCAUUGGGCCGCCAGCACAUAAUGGCACCAAGCUAUCGAAGCAUGGUGACAAAGAUAAAAGAGAUCAAAAGGAUGAAGAUUAUGGACAAUCGCUCUUUAGAGCAGCAAAAACAGAUUAUCAGAUGGAGCAAGAGCGUCGAGCGGACAUGGGUAUGCACAAAUUUGGUAAUGAUCCGACGCCUUGGACUUUGAGUAUCAUUUUAAGCAUGCAUGAAAAGAUAGCUCUCUAUAUACUCCAUAUAUCGGGCGGACUCAUGUCCUACCUUGUAGAGGAGAAGGAUCUAAUAUCAUGUGCUCAUAAAGAUAUGACACCAACAGACCUUGAGACCGUGUCACGAAGCGCAGGAUUGUCAGUGGGUAUCUCGAAAAACCAAUUAACGCGAUCAGAUGAAAUUCCGGUGUGGAUCCAGGUUGGCGAUAUGAAGGCUUUACGGGCUAUUCUAAAAGGAAUCGCCAAGGCACUGGCGACAGAGCCGUUAUAUAGCCUGGAAUCAAAAUGGAUAUCAGAUGAAGAACGCAUUCGACGUUCAUCAUGGGAACUAAAACUUCGCCAGUAUAAAGGCCCAACUGCGCAUAAUUCCAUAGAAGAUGAAUGGGUUACAUUCAAAGAUGAAAAUAAUCAGUCAUACAAAGAAAAUUCCAUCUGGCCUCCACAACAGCAUGGCCAACCUAUCAUUGUGACCCAAGAAAGCGCACUAUAUGAUCAAAAUGUGGAUAUGGUGAUGGCGGAAGACGAGGAAGUAGAAGAAGAAGAGAGUGAUGACCAUGAUGGGUGGUCGAGCAGGAUCUCAUCACCACAAACGCCCUCCACAUUAAACGUCAUGCAUCAUGACCCCUGGGCAGGCCCUCCGCCAAAUCGCCCACGUGAAAGCCGGGGUUCAGAGCGCCUGCAAACAAGACACCGGAUGUCGAAUAAUGGGGUUUUUACCAGGGCAACCAGUGGCAGUGUUAUGAGCUUUUUCGAUGAUGACGAGCCUCAAACCCAGCAGAAUCAACAAGGUGAAGAGGCUGGAGACGGAACUAGGGACACUAGUUCUAGCAUACCACCGUCAAGGUCGGGAUCAGGUCCCUUACCAAGAAAAGAAAGAUACCGUGGAACAGCUGGCACCACCAUGUCAGAUCCUGGCCUUAUUGAGAGAAAUGUGUCAUUUUCAGGAGAGAGGAUGUCACGCCACUUCGGAUCUCCUGAGCAAGUCUCAAGGAUAAUACUUAAUUCUAAUUCACGGACUACAUCACGUACGAGUACACCAUCGGGCAGGAGAGUCGUUGUUGCCGAUGGAUCUGGGCGCAGAUAAAGUGGCUUGAAUGACCUUCCUAUAAGAGAUCUAGAGAAUGAUAAGAGUUCAUGUCCACAAAGUAACCAGUGAUAUCCAGUGUGAUAGAGCUCAUGAAGUUUUGCCUAGAAUGCUUGGUAGUGUGAAAUAUGCAAACAAGCAAGCAACUGGAAAC